CACCACAACUAAAACACCAAAAACCAUAUCAUCCACAUUUUCCACAACUCCAACAACCACAUCAAAGCCCUCAAAAACAUCAAGCACUACAACUACCACAAUGCCCACAAGCACCAUCUCUACAACUACAACUGUAAAAUCAACAGUGCAAACCACUCAAGCCAAUAUUACAUCAGCCAUUCUUUUUGAAUAUGGGCAGGAUGCUGGUGAUCAAUCGCUACCAAAAACAGCAUCUGAUGUCAUCUCUCCCAUUUUCAAGCCAGAGAUUGACUUCACUUUUGGAAAUGCUCGUUACCCUUUAAUUUAUUUCACAGACAAUGGUUUGAUCGUUUUUCCAGCAUCAGCGACAGAGAUUUUCAAUUACACCAAUCCAUUUAACGAAUUUACUGCAAGUUCUGUACCACCAAUGAUUGCUGUGUUCUGGAGUGAUGCAGACAUCUCAGGCAGCAUUGGAAAUGUUUUCUAUCAGGAAUACAAAACAUAUGGUUCCGAAUUUUUUAACUUGACACAGAAUGUAGAAAGAAUGAUAUCUGACCAAUUCAAAUCUAAAUAUAAAGCCAAAUGGACCUUAAAGAUAACCUGGGAUAAAGUACCUGCAGCUACGUUGUUUGAAACAAAAAGCAAGACAAACACCUACCAAGCAAUUAUAACUACAAAUGGCAGCAUUUCAUUUGUUUUAAUGUUGUAUGAGUCUGGUGGAAUGAACUGGGAUGUAUCAACACUUACAUCUAAAGACCUCCUUAUUGGCUUCAGCAGCGGCAAUGGAUUCUUUGUGAACGAUGAGCAAACAAAACUUCCUACAGUUGCCGAAAGAUUUCGACCUGAUAAAUAUAGUGGAAAAAAUACAGAUUUGAAAGGCCUACGACUGUACAGUCUGAUUCAGGGCACACCACAGGUUAAUUACAAAGCAAACUGUCUGAGCUGGUUUAAUACAGAGCUAAAUCCAUCUCAGUGGAACCAAGGUUUACUUUCCUGUCCAUGCAGCUUGCCUCAAGGACAAGCAGACAAUCGAUUCCGAAACUCCAAUCUAGGUGCUACAACCAAAGUUCUUCGUAGUGCCAGCCCAAAUGCAAAUGGUGCUGGUCAAAGAUGUGUUUACAGUAGGAGGAAUGCAUUUCUUGAAGGUUGGCAAGAACGUUACUGGACGUCUACACCUUCAGACUCCUCAAGUCAGAACAAAAAAUUUGACCUAGAUCCAUACAACUGGUGCUGCGUAAAGGUUGACAACCCAUUAUUCUGUGACUAUUAUAGAAUCAGACGGCCAAGCAUUAACUGUUUAAACUACAGGCCACCAACCCGAGCCAUGAUGCUUGGUGAUCCCCAUUUCACAACUCUUGAUGGACUUUCCUACACUUUUAAUGGUCUUGGAGAUUUUGUGCUGCUUAAUGUUGAAUCCAGUGAUGACACCAUUUUUAAGCUCCAUGGUCGCACAGUCCAAACGGGUACAGCUCAAGCCACAAACUUCAUGGCUUUUGCAGUUCAGCACAUACAAGACAAAAUUAUCACAGUUCAGAUGAUUUUGAAAGGAAAUGAUUCAAUUGAAGUGCUAGUAAAUAAUGACAUGGUGCAGUUCGUGCCUGAUUCUGCAGAUAACCAAGAAAUAUUUCGAAAUGGUACCUUUUAUCUGGAGAAAAAUGGAAAUGCAUCAGUAACGGCUUCAUUUGGCAGUGGAAUCUCAUUAACAGUGACAGCACAAUUUGAGAUGUUACUUGCAAUCACCAAUUUGCCAGAAAAGUUUAUGAACACGACAAGAGGCCUUCUUGGUGUAUGGAAUGGCAAUCCAAAUGAUGAUUUUACAAUGCCAAAUGGAUCUGUUAUUCCAAAAAAUAGCAACGAAUCUACAAUCUUCAAUUAUGGAAUGACUUGGGAAGUGCCCCGGGAGAGUUCCAUUUUCACAAUUGGAAGAAGUGUUCCAAACAAUUCAUUUACACCUCGCUUUCUGGAAGAUCUCCAGCAACAGAAUGAGACCUUGUAUAAUUUGUUGGCCACUGAGUGUAAAAAUAACACUCAGUGCAUUUUUGAUGCAAUAAGUACAGGAAAGAAAGAGAUCGGAUUGGCAACAGCAAAGGGAAACACGGAAUUUACAGAAGUCAAUGCAAUGCUGAAUUCAUAUCCACCAACCAUUACAGGACCAGAAGUUAUUUAUGCACAACUGUUUCAGCAAAAUAUUUCUUACUAUCAAGCAAUAGACCAAGAGGGAAAUAAUGCUGUAUUCAUUCCUUACAUAUCCCAGGAAUUGAAUGUAACAGAAAAUGGAACUUUGAUCUGGCAUCCAAAGACCACAAAUGGAAUAUCGUUUGAAAUUGAAGCAAUUGGGUACAAUAAUCUGUCCUCAGUUCUUAGGCCCCAGUUGGUGUUAUGCAACUGCAGUGUGAAUGGAGAAUGCAUUAACAAUGAAAUUACUCAAAUCAAUGGCUCCUCUGUUUAUAAAGCUGCUUGUAACUGUACAGCUGGAUUUACUGGUACCAACUGUCAAGAUAAAAUCGAGAUAUGCCAGGUGGUCAGCUGUUUCCCAGGGGUAGACUGUUCCUCUUCUGGUUGUGGCUCCUGUCCCAGAGGAUUGGCAGGAAAUGGCAUACGUUGCAUUGAUAUAGAUGAGUGUAACAGCAAUAAUUCCUGUUCUCCAAAUGCAACAUGCACGAAUAUAGUGCAGAGUUAUAAUUGUACCUGCAACUCAGGAUUUUCAGGCAAUGGGACAUCCUGUAAUGUCAUUAAUCCGUGUGACAGUUCACCAUGUUCACCCAAUGCUGACUGCACGAACACAGCAGGACAUUUCAGCUGCACAUGUAAAGAAAGAUUCACAGGCAAUGGGACAUCCUGUAGUGUCAUUAAUCCGUGUGACAGUUCACCAUGUUCACCCAAUGCUGACUGCACUAACACAGCAGGACAUUUCAGCUGCACAUGUAAAGAAGGAUUCACAGGCAAUGGGACAUCCUGUAAUGUCAUUAAUCCGUGUGACAGUUCACCAUGUUCACCCAAUGCUGACUGCACUAACACAGCAGGGAAUUUCAGCUGCACAUGUAAAGACGGAUUCACAGGAAAUGGUACAAUCUGCCUUGCAGUGCCAUGUUUCAAUUUCACUUGUCCUUCCCCAUUCUGCAACAACGGAGGAACCUGUGUACCAAACCUUGCUGAUGGCUGCAAACCAUUGUGCCAAUGUCCAAGUCAGUACAAAGGAGAGCGGUGCACAAGUCCAGAACAGCAGUUCAUUGCACAACCCCUGUCAACUCUUCCAAAGAGAUCUGUUAAUAUUACAUUGAAGCUACCGAAUGUUAAUGUGACUGUCUUAAAAAACAGAAGCAGCACAGACUACAGGACUCUGAGUACUGUCACUGCAAGUAGGCUCCUGGAUUUUCUCGGAAAAGUGCGGCACUUUGCUGAGAAUUUGGAAGCUGUUUUCUGGUCACAGGGCGACAUCGUAACCACUGCUGUUGUGUCAUUAUUCAAUUACAAUGGAAACAGGACUGUAAUUGAUUUCCUAAAUAAUGAGCUACAUGACGCAAUUUUGGAAGCUUUUAAUGGCAAACAACGGUUUACUCGUGCUCUAUAUCCUGAUAAUUUCACUUUUGGGAAUUUAAAUGCAGCAGACAUUCAAGAUAUAACUAAAUUAUCAUAUGAAAAGCUACUGCCACAUUUCAGCUGCAACAACACUGAAUUUGCCGGUUAUGAGGUUCUGUGGGAUGAUCAAAAUGGAGUGAUUUGCCAGUCUCCCUGUGAAAUGAAUUACUGUCUCAAUCAGGGAGAGUGCAAACAUCUGAUAACUGGACCAGUGUGCAAAUGUGUUCCACGCACAAUAUAUUCAAGUUACGGUGAUCGCUGUGAACAUCUAUCAAUGAAUCUCAGAGCAUUUUUUGGCAUUCUAUUUGGUGCCUUAGCUUUCCUGUUCUUACUGAUGUUAGCCAUAUUUUUUAUCAUCUGGAAGUGCAAAAAGCCUGGAAGGGAACGACUCAUAAAUGACACAACCAGCUUUGGAGAUACAACAUUCUCAUUCAAAAGUAAUCCAUUAUCUUCCAAGUUGAAAACUACCCACAUCUUGCCUUCUUUGGGUGAUAAGGAUGUGCAAUCUGUGGCCUGGACUCCAAACUUUGAUGCUGUCAAGUCAACUGCAGAGGUAAAAAUUGCAAGACCAUCAGUCAAGAAAAAUGGCACUGACUCAGAAAUACCAUAAAACCAUCAACACAGUACUGAGGAACUUAACGAAGCUUAUGGAAAACGAAACACUGGCAUAGAAGAUUUAUUGCACAAAGAAUGCACUAUAAGGUUAUGGGUUUAUUAGAUAUGCAUAUUUGAGUACGUUUUCAGUUACCUAUACUACGAAUCAACAUUGUCUCCCAAAAGAAGCUGUCAGUAAAUUCUAUAAAAGCUCAUAUGAAUUAAAGGGCGUGUUUUAUUCCUGGUGUCUGAAUAAACCCUAUUGUUUACAGUUAAUUCCCUUUCAUUACUUUAUAAGAGUUAUCAGUAGGUGCCUGCUGUUGAGAAUAUUAUCUAAUAAUAUAUAAUUCCUCACUUUCACUUCGAAAUUGAAAUUUUUCAAAUCAUGAUUGCAAUAAUCUUUAAAAUAUCCUAUUUGUAUCACAUCAGAGCAUUAUUUUUAUGUUGUUUAUAUUCCUUUUUUUAAUAAGAAAAUCGUUUAUCAAAUUGCACAUAUUACUAUAUUAGAAUGUGAUUUUUGUGGCAAAAUACUGUCUAAAUAUUUAAGGCCUCUGGUGAAGGGUAAUAGAAUUUACUUCUAUAGAAUAGAGCUAGAAGAGUCAUGUGUGUAUUAUAAUCCAAAACAAAUUAUUUAAAUAAUCUAUACAAAAAGAUAUGUGAGAA